AUGAGUUUCCCAGAGAGCUGCCGUAGCUCAAAGGACAAACAACAGCAACUGAAAGGGCAGCGCUACAAAAGCCCAGCUGUUCGGAGUCAGGCCUCUGAGAUUUGCGAAGAGUUAAGUGAGUUGCAAACGGACAAACAGUCAAAGGACGAGCCUCCGGUCCCGCCAGUAGGGGAACAAGAGAAGUUUGAUGAAAUCAGUCUGUCGGAAGGAAGCACAGUGGACCUGGCAAUCCCGCCAGAGCUUCUGGAGCAGAUGCCUGAGCUGGCAGAAGAGAUGAUGGAACCAGAAGACUGUUUCCCAGAACCUUGUGUCCGAUUCUUCCCGUGCUGUUCAGUAGACACCACAAAAUUUCCUGGCAAGAUUUGGUGGAGACUGAGGAAAACGUGCUACCAAAUAGUUGAACACAGCUGGUUUGAAACUUUCAUCAUAUUUAUGAUUCUCCUGAGCAGUGGAGCUCUGGCAUUUGAAGACAUCUACCUCGACAAGAAAAAGAACAUUAAAACCAUGUUGGAAUAUGCUGACAAGAUCUUCACUUACAUCUUUGUUCUAGAGAUGCUUCUGAAAUGGGUAGCUUAUGGCUUUAAGAAGUACUUCACCAAUGCCUGGUGUUGGCUUGAUUUCCUCAUUGUAGAUAUUUCAGUUAUUUGCCAGAUAGGAUCAAUUCUCGGCUAUGACCACCUGGCCGCUAUGAAAUCCCUCAGGACGCUGAGGGCCUUGAGGCCCCUCCGAGCCCUGUCCCGAUUUGAGAGCAUAAGGGUCUCAUUAGUAAGCCUCAUAGCUAGUACACUUGGAUACUCCGAAAUGGGUCCCAUUAAAUCCCUUAGGACCCUCAGAGCUCUGAGACCCUUAAGAGCACUAUCACGAUUUGAAGGGAUGAGGGUAAGAUUCAGUUAAAACAACAACCCAUAUGACCCAUCAUUGAAGCCCAUCUGUCCACGGACAUCCACAGCAUGUUGUGAGGGCCAUCAUUCCUUCCUUCCUUCCUUCCUUCCAUCAUUUGUUCAUUCCUUAGUUGUGUUUUUGUUUUCGUUUUUCAUCCUAAGCUGUAAAUGAAACAAUUGAUAAAUGCCAUAUGUUGCAAUAUACCCCC